UGGCAAAAUGUAUGUAUUAUUCCCCAGCAAGAGAAGCAGCUGAAGUUUCCAUCUGGUGUUUAAUAAAGGAGCCAUGGCAUUUAUGAGCUACGUGCGAGGAAAGGGUUAUACCACCACCACCUCCCAUCCUAUCAAUGGCUUGCAUCCUAAAGGGCUGUUACUAAUCUUUCUGGGACUUGCAGUGUUUGUGUCUUCUUGCCUUGCAGCAGUCUCUUUCUACUAUGUUACUGCACUAAAAUCCGAGCUAGCCAUGCUGAACAGCAAGCUGAACUGCAGAGUCCAGGCAAGGACAUCAUUUCCACUGUCCUUGGGGUCUUUGGAAAAGAGCAAAGAGGCCAGCCCCUUCCUUCCCCACUUGAAGGUAUCAGAAGCUGCUCCUAGUCAGGGAGUUGCUUCUGGACCACAUCGAAGUAGUGAAGAGGUAAUGUGGAGUGGAGACAAACACAGGGGGAAAAGGUCUCCCCAGCACACAGGUGAAGCAGAAAUCCAUUUCAGCAGCGAACCCCUUUCCUCGGAGGAGGAGGAUGGAGAGACUCAUGAAAGUAAGAUAAAAACUCUGAACAAACACUUGCCGCUGAAGAAAACGAUCACUCAGAUUAUGAAGGAUAAAAAGAAGCAGACACAGCUCACCUUGCAGUGGCUGGAAGAGAAUUACAUUGUAUGUGAGGGGGUUUGUUUGCCAAGGUGCAUCCUUUAUGCACAUUACCUGGACUUCUGCAGGAAGGAAAAACUUGAACCUGCCUGUGCUGCCACAUUUGGGAAGACUAUUCGUCAGAAAUUUCCUCUUCUCACCACAAGGCGGCUGGGCACAAGAGGCCAUUCAAAAUAUCACUAUUAUGGAAUUGGGAUUAAAGAAAGCAGUGCAUACUAUCACUCUGUGUAUUCGGGAAAAGGUUUGACAAGGUUUUCUGGAAGCAAGUUGAAGAAUGAGGGCGGAUUUACUCGGAAAUAUUCCCUGAGCUCAAAAACUGGGACUCUCCUUCCAGAAUUCCCCAGUGCUCAACAUCUUGUAUUGGAUGGGUGCAUUUCUAAAGAGAAGGUGGAUACCCUUAUCAUGAUGUAUAAAACGCACUGUCAGUGCAUCCUUGACAAUGCUAUUAACGGAAACUUUGAAGAGAUCCAACAUUUCCUAUUACAUUUUUGGCAAGGAAUGCCUGACCACCUUCUUCCCCUGCUUGAAAAUCCUGUGAUCAUUGACAUUUUCUGUGUUUGUGACUCAAUACUAUACAAGGUCCUUACAGAUGUACUCAUCCCUGCAACUAUGCAAGAAAUGCCGGAAAGUUUAUUGGCUGACAUAAGAAAUUUUGCAAAAAACUGGGAACACUGGAUUGUUUCAUCGCUAGAAAAUCUACCAGAAGACCUUGCAACAAAGAAGUUACCAAUAGCACGAAGAUUUGUAUCUUCGCUAAAGCGUCAGACAUCCUUUUUGCACUUAGCCCAGAUUGCUCGGCCAGCUCUUUUUGAUCAACGUAUAGUGAAUGCCAUGGUUACUGAUAUUGAGAAAGUAGAUCUGCACAGCAUUGGAUCUCAGGCAUUGCUCACAGUCUCGGGAAGCAUGGACUCUGACGGGGAGGGCUACAUUGAAUAUGACUCUAUUACAGUGUUCCAAGAACUGAAGGACCUCUUAAAGAAGAAUGCCACUGUGGAGUCAUUUAUUGAAUGGCUGGAUAAUGUGGUUGAACAAAGGGUUAUCAAGGCAAGUAAGCAGAAUGGUCGAUCGCUAAAGAAGAGGGCACAAGACUUCCUUCUCAAGUGGAGCUUUUUUGGAGCUCGAGUAAUGCAUACUCUCACUUUGAACAAUGCAUCAAGUUUUGGUUCAUUUCAUCUGAUCCGCAUGCUUUUAGAUGAAUACAUCUUGCUUGCCAUGGAGACCCAGUUCAACAAUGACAAAGAACAAGAACUCCAGAAUCUGUUGGACAAAUAUAUGAAGAAUCUGGAUGCCAGUAAAGCUGCUUUUACAGCAUCUCCAAGCUCGUGUUUCCUAGCAAACCGCAACAAGGCUGGUACAAUUUCUAAUGAUGCUUCAGUGAAAAAUGAAUGCCUUGUGGAACAAGCCUAUUUCCCUUUGUCAACCAAUCAGCACAGUGGCAUGUCCUCUGGCCUGAAUCCAUUCUCCACAGUGAACACUGAGAAUAUGCAGCUAACAGGUCAAACAGAGCUCUCUCAGAGCACUGGCCAUCUCAUGACACCACCUGUUUCUCCAGCCAUGGUCAGUCGAGGAAGUGUCAUCAACCAGGGACCGAUGGCUGGCAGGCCUCCAAGUGUAGGUCCACCACUGCCGCCACAUUCCCACUGUGCUUCUUAUUCAGAACCCCAUUACCAGACUGUACCACAAACUAAUCAAAACUUUUAUGGAGUCAGUGCCAGUUACCCAGUCAUGUUCAGGACCCAUACUCACCCAUCUUCUGCAGCCUAUCAGCACAGGGCAGAGCCUGGCCACUUUACAGCCACCAAUGAGCAGCAACGAUUCUCCAGAGACUACUUCAGUAGCAGCUGUGCAGUAUCUCCAUACAGCGGGAGAUCGCCACCCAACUACGGACCCUCUUCGACUAUACAGGAGACAAAUGGCAUGCAAUUUUUGAACAGUGGGAGCUACAGCUUCAUGAACAAUUCAGCACCAAGCUCCUGUCAAGGGUCAUCAUAUUCCUCAAAUGCUUCCAACGGGUUCUAUGGAAACAAUGUAAACUACCCAGAAUCCCACAGACUUGGGUCAAUGGUAGAUCAGCACGUUUCUGUCAUAAGCAGCAUAAGCAGCAUUCGCCCGUUGCCUCCAUACAGUGACAUUCAUGAUCCACUCAGCAUCUUAGAGGACGCUGGAAGGAAGCAGGGAGCAUCAUAUUAUCCAGAUGCCUCAAUAGCCUGUCAGAACCCACUAACUUCAGAUAUGCAGCCUGCUGUAUCUGCAUCCUCCUCCCAAUGCAUGUAUGGACAUUCUAGACAGUGCCCUUCCCAGGAAACAAUGGACUCUUCUGGACAAGGCAACAGUGAGAUGGUCUCCUCCUUGCCACCAAUCAACACUGUCUUCAUGGGAGCUGCUGCUGGAGGCACUUGACUUCCAAAUGCAGCUGCACCUAAUCUCCAGUCCCAGUACUUGAUGGCUAAUAGGAAUGAAAAAAUAUUAUACGUUAUUUUUUAAGACUACCUAGAAGAAUUUUGCAACAAACUAAAAAAGCAACUAUGGCUGGAUGCAGAGUCCAUCCCAUCUCACAUUGUCUCUGGUCUUAAGUACAUGAAGCGAAAUUCCAUAUUCCCUUUUCUUCCCUUGUCACAAUUUUAACUAAUAUUUUCUUCUUCCAGUAUAACCAGCAUGCCUUUCUUUCUUUGCUAUCUCUCUCUCCUUGAUGUAUAUAUGGCCUACCUUAGGGAGCACCUUGUGGUUAUAAAAGUGCAAAUGUUCACAUUUGACAAUGGUGGCUAUUCUGGAGUUAACAACCUUGUUGCACCAUUAUGAUAUUCUAGAUUGUCUCACAACACCAUCCCUGUGACACAGAGUUCAGGCAUUGCUCUCAAGCAGCAACUGCUGCUCUUUUAACCUCAAUAAGACAUAAUAAGGGUGAAAUCUGUUGUUCCACUUAAGUGUCAUGGUUUGGCUGCAUCAUAUUCUGACUGGUUUUCUUUGCGUUGGCAUCCGUUCCCUAAUUCAUUGUAUACAGGUGUUUUGUAAUCUGUAUUUGCUACAUGCAUAGUUAAAUGUCAUUUUUGCACACAUAUACUUCACAUCUGUGAGACCCACUAGCUUAAUUUAAAGGGCCUAGAUAUUUUUAGCAUGUACAUAUUGCUCACAGUUGCACAGUGUAACUGAAGAGAGAGGCACUAGCUCAGUGGCAGAGAACAUGCUUUGGAUGCAAAAGGUCCCUAGUUAAAUCCCCAGCAGUUCUGGGCAGUAGUGGAAGGUGUGGUGGGGC